ACAGUUUCGAAUCAUCUCUAGUUCAAUUGCAUUGUAUAUAAAUCACAAGAAGAUAAAAGGGCUGUUUGCACAUUUAGAACUUCAGUUUGGAAGUAUAUACAGGACAGUUAUCAUUGUUUAGAAAUAAAAUAUCCUUUGAUAACUGAUUGCGGGAUAAGUUGUCGGCAUUUCAAUCAAAACAUCUGGAUUUUCUUAAAGUAUAUUGAGAAUGACGAAAAUAUCACUGAUUCCAUUGCUUGCGAUUUUCUUCUUACCAGUCAUUGCAGCGGGUGGUCAGUGUCCGGUUGGAUGUUUCUGUUUGGCGGGUUAUGUCACAUGCUCUGGCCUAAAAUCUAUUCCUCCCGGUUUUCCGGACGACACACGUUCUGUUAGUAUCACGAAAAUCGACGCAGACGAAAUUCCAGCGGGAAUUUUCGACAAGCUUCCUGCGUUGGAAUCGAUUGAAAUUUACAGCGGAAGUGUCGGUAAAAUCUCAUCCGGUGCAUUUAGUUCCCUUUCUUUAUUAGAUCUCAUCAGUUUGAGCGAAAUGACAAUUGGAACAAUAGAAUCAUAUGCUUUUAGUAACAUUACAGACAUUGGAGCCAUUUCUCUGUACAUGUCAACAGUUGGUACAAUUGAGCCAUAUGCUUUCACCGACAUAUUUGCCCUGGACGAUAUAAAACUAUUCAUGACUGAGGUGACAAACAUUGAGUCAUUUGCUCUCAGCAAUAUCGACGAGCUUCUGCACUUCAGUUUUUAUACCAACGAUGUUGAAACCAUGCAACCGUAUGCCUUCUUAAAUUUCUCAAAUGUGCAUGAGUUUUCAAUGUACCUGAAUAAUAUUGGCUACCUUGGCUGUGGUAGUGCUGAGGCAUUGCUAGAUCAGACAUAUAAACAUUCGUUUUAUUCGAACAGCGUGAAUUGCAGUUGUGAUCUCACUUGGAUAUCACAUGAUCUCAGCCUGAAAAAGUACCUCUUCUCAAAUUGGUGCAAGGUGCCAAACUCGGAGGAGAAAGUCUUUUGGGAAGAUGUUUCGUUAGAAACUCUGCAGUGUAGUGCCAAUGAAAAUUAUGAGUGUCCAUCAGCAGCAUCCGUACAAGCGACACUUGCGACCAUCGGCACGACUUCACCAACUUCUUUAGUAUCGUCAACAUCAUCAUCUGUUUCAUCGUCACCUGCAACAGGGUCUCCGUCUCGUUUAACUGAGUCCACUUCAACAGAAACGUCUUCCGGAGCAUCGAGACAAACAUUUAUACCCCAAAGAGCCACUGGAACUGAAUCAUCUUCAGCGGCAUCACGAACAUUUCUACCUCGUGAGUCUAUCUCAGCUUAUGCGUCUUCACAAGUACCUCAAACAACAUACCUACCUCCUAAGUUCAUUUCAAAUGUAGUUUCUUCAGAAAAACCAACAGAAGCACGCCUACUUCCCGGACAAUCGUCACCAGAAAGUGUGACAAAACAAAUUAAGACACAUUCUGAGUUCUCCACGUCACCAGAGGCAACAACAACAGCCACAAAAGCCGCACAAUUUUCCACGAUUGAUGUUAAAUUAGACUCGACGAAAUACGUACCAAAACAUACGAAUCCAAAUGUUGUGAUUCCCAACAAAACUGAAGAAAUAAAAGCUGAAACUAGGACUAAACCAUCAAAAAACGUGCAAGAGCCACAAAACGUUUCAUUUAAAACAGACAGAUCUAGUUAUAAUGUAAAUGGGUCUGAAGCAAACCAUUUGUGUUUGUUUCUAAUAGUUCUAACACUUGCGAUCGCUUUGAUUUAGCAUUUGAUAGAGUAGUGAUAUUUAUCUAACUUUAUGAUAUAGAUGUUAUACAUUGGAAAUACAGAAUUCUUUAGCGACCACUUUCAAUUCUUAAGUAUAUUUUGUUGAAAAGAAUUUUAUACAUAUAAUUAUCAUCAGUUUGUAUUGUAUUUAAUCGAAUGCUAAAUAAGCAAUUUCAGGCUGUGGCCAGUUUACUUACCGAUCACUGAAAGUCACACUCCUGUUCAAUACUAUUACAAUCUGUGCUGACUUAUAUAGAGAAUGAGUCAUCGUAUAGAAAAAAACUACAAAAUUACUAGGAUAAUUUUAUUUUAAUACUUUUGAAUUACAACAUUUUCUAACCUUGGUUUGAACAUUUAGUUAAGGCGCAGAAAAAUGUCUGUUAAUACAAACUAUUGUUAAUCAAAGGGUUAAUAUUUGCGGUAGCAUAUUAGCAUGAUAACCCGGAUAUUUUGAAACACAUGAGACAUUUGUAGUCAAAUUUGCCUUUUUCAUGAUGAUAAUUUGUGUUUUUUGUUGUUGUUGUUGUUUAAAUCGUGAUACACUCAAAAAUCUUACAUCUGCAAUACUAUUCUAUUAAUAUCAAGCAUUAUACAAUUAUCGUUUCAGGACAUGCUGUCACCAUUUGUGUGUUACAUAAUUCUUUCAUUUAAGCUUGAUAUCUUGAAACAAUUUUGGUAAAAAAUAAGUGUGAAGUUGACUGGUUGGAAAUUUUACUCGUUGUAGUGAAAAAAGAUGAACGACUGGUACAUUUUACACAUUGUCAUAUUAUUGUACACAUUCUAAAUAUGAUUCUAAUUAACUUAUAUUUGCAAGGAAAGUUAUAAAGCUAAGUGCACACUUAUUAUUUAUUUAUUUGAAAAAAAAUGUUUAUGCUAUUAGACCUUAAUAAAUUUAAAAUCCUGAA